AUGGAUUCUUAUCCAUCUACCCAGAGUUCAAAAUUUGCUGAACUACUUCAUAGUCAACAAAGCAUUUCGUUCGGUAACUAUGAAGAUAAUGUCUCACUAUCUUCAUCACAACCUCUGUUUCAACGCACGCUAGGAACCAAAGAUAGUGGAGAGACUGCUACGGAGAGCGCUUUCUGGACAAGAGUAGCAGCAUACUUUGCGGCAAACCCUCCAGUUGUUGGCUGCGAGCAGAGAGAGCCUAGUCAUUGUAAGCAACGAUGGCACAAGAUCAAUGAUCUUGUGUGUAAGUUUUGUGGAGCCUAUGAAGCUGCAAGCAGAGAGAAGAGUGGCGGUCAAAACGAUAAUGAUAUUCUGAAACUAGCUCAUCAGAUUUUCUACAAUAACCAUAAAAAGAAAUUCACAUUGGAACACACUUGGAAGGAGCUCUGGAACGACCAGAAGUGGUGCGACCUUGCUACUGCUAAAAACGAUGGGACCUCUAAGAAGAGGAAGCGUGAUGACGGUGCUGAUUCGUCAAGCUCUCAAGCUACUGAGAACAAGCGUCCAGUGGGUGUUAAGGCCGCAAAGGCUCGCGGUAAGAAGACAUUGGCAGAGGAGAAUGCUCUGAAAGAUUUUGAAAGUAUGUGGUCUAUUAAACAUCAAGAUUUGGCAAUGAAGGAAAGGUUGUUGAAACCGGACCACCAAGAUGAACGGAUGAACCUCAAGCUGCACACGGACGGACGCGAGCUGGUUGCUACCGAAUCGUCGUCGGAUGCGAGCGGGACGCGUCUGCUUCCUAUCGGGUUUGCGAGCGGCUGCUUCCUAUCGGGUUUGCAAACGGCUGAUCAAGAAUGCGAGCUGGCUGAUGGGGAACGCGAGCUGGCUGUGAUGCGAACGGGAAGCUGA